AUGGCUUCUCUUACAGAAACGUGGAAUCUCUCGCAGAGCAGCGAAGCGAUUGACUCAAUCCCCUCAGCCAAGAUUGAUACGAAACCCGUCGUCCCCUUCAAUCCAGACCUUCCCGGUGAAUUGGUAGUUCAGUGUUGUGUCCACGAUGCUCUGCGCCUCGUCCGUCACGUCGGCGUAGAUCGCGAUCACCGUCCCCUAAUGGCCCUCGGCCUCGAUUAUCUCGACCGUGCGCUGCGUCAUUACGAUGUCCCGGUCCACGCAGACGACCUUGAACCCGUUGUCCGCGAGGAAUGGUACCGAAAAGGCUGA